UACCAUACUGCUGCAGUCUGCAGACACGAGCCUCUGCUGCGCCCUCUGCUCCCCACACCAUCACUGCAGACUGCACUGCACGACCACCAGGCCACCACCACGACCCCCUGCCCGCGAAACCACCUCUUCCUCCCUCCUCCCCACACCGUAGCCGUCAGUUGCCAACCCAACCGCACCACCACGACCCCCUCCGGCCCCCGCGCGAUGGACGGCCCGUGGUGGCCACCACCUCCGCCGCCGCAACCCUCGCCUCCGCUGCCGACCCAGAUGGACAGUACCAAUCUGCGCUACAACACCCGCCCCUUCGCCGCCUCGCAGCUGCAGGAAGCUGCCGCGGUUGCGGAUGGGCGAACCGCGGCAAUGCCGGACCAGUUGCUGUCGAACAUUUGGAGCUCGCAGUUCGGCGGCCAGUCUGCGAAAGCGGCGCCGAGCAGCAACGCGUUGCUCGCUCAAGUGCCUGGGAAUUACUACAAUCACCCCCAUGUUAGCCAUGUGCCGGACUUGAAGGCCCUGCUCCACAACCCGAACGCGAGCAAUGCUGCUGGCGCCAUUGAUCUUACUCGUGCUUACUCUCCGCUCGGUGGCGCUGCGGCUCUGCCGAAGUACCCGAGCCAUGGCUUGUCAGCUAGCAGCGGUGUCGAGCAAUCCUCCUUGGGGGCGUUGUUUCUGAACAAAAGUUCGAAUGCACGGGGCAAUUUACCGGGCGAAGGUUCCGCCAUUGAUGGAAUGUCCCACGGCGCCAUGCAGUUUCAGGAUUCAACCGUGCACACGAUGCAGAAGUUGCCAUCCAAAUCGAUACCUCGCCAUCACCAUGCGCUUCUAAUGGAUCGUAUGCGUGUCUCCUGUCUGAAUGUUGGUGGAGAGUUCUUUGUGGGUGAAUCUGGGAUCUUUGGAGUUCUUUGCUCGUGUCAUCAGUUGAGGAUGUCUGUAGCUAAGUUCUGUGAGCAUGCAGGAGGGCCUGCAGAAAAAGCUGGUGAAAUUGUCCUUAUGAAUGGCAUGAGUAUUGCACAAUGGUUCAAAUACUGUGCAGGGGUUGAAGCAUCUGUUACUGACACUAAAUGGGACUGGCCAGAAUGGGUGUUUAUGGACUAUUCUCCAGAAGGAUACAUGAUGAAAAGUCUCCUUACGAGAAACACCAGUAUGGAAAAGAUAGGGUUAUUCAGUGCAUAUGGAAAUAUCACUGGGCCUAUAACCGGAGCAGUUUAUUCCAAUGAUUUCCACAAUGAAGGUAGGGAGUUCACUACUGUUGAGAAGCUAGUGAAUAAGCAACAUGAAACAUAUUACAAGAAGAGUGCUGAUGUACAUACAACUUUUACGAAGAACUACACUUUACUGCAGAAUUCUGAGAAAAUUCUAGGGCUUGAUAAAAACCAUACUGGUAAUGCAGCGAGCAUAAACCCCGUUAGCAGGCCAAGUGGAAGCGUAUAUAUCGCAGAAAAAGCAGGUGGAAGUUACAAAGGAGAUCAUUUGUCACAUAAUUACGCAGGUCUUUUGGAGAAAAACUUUGAUGCCUCGUUUCGUAAUCCUACUCCAAGAUCUACAGGAGUUUUGAGCUAUGAUAGUAUGGCAUGCAGGUCCUAUUUUCCCAAUAAAAUACUCCAAAAUAGUUUGGGCAGUUCUUCAAACACCGAAUUGAAGCUUGGGCAAUCAUCUUAUGAUCAAUCUAUGACUUCCCUAUUUCCAUCGGUACAAUCAACAACAAUUGAUUUUCAGAAACCUCAGUCACAUCUGCCAUCGAUAACUCAAAAUCCUUGUCCAAGGCAAACAACCAAGGUGAACAAAAGUAUAGGAGAACAUACUGAACCACCACUGGGUACAAGAACUAAGAAACAAUCGAUUGAAGUUGCUAAUGGCAUCAACCGUUCUGAAGGUGACGAGCUUACGGAUGAUAGAGCCAAGGGUUCAUUUAUCUCAUUAUUUCUUUCGCAUCUUGAGAGGAACAGUGAAGCCAUCAAUGAUAUUCUCAACAGCAAUGAGCAUAACCGUCCUAAGGCUCUCGAUGGUGCAUAUAGUUCCAAUCAUUCAAAAAUUGCAAGUGGACAAGUCGACUCGAAGGCUAAUGAGAAACAUUCUAAGUUGGCCUCUACCAUUAUUCAUACUAAAAGGAGAUCAGAUGGCAGUUCUCUUUCAGUGGCACCCAGUGGACAUGUUUCAAAAGUUGUGCCUCUUGCAAAUAGUCAGGGGCCUUUAAUUCAUAGUGACUGCCGGUCGCAUUUUCUGCCUAGGCAACCUAAUGCUGGAAUCUCCCAAAUUUGUGCCAGGGUUUCAUGUCCUGCAAAUUGCAGGAGUUGCAAUCAUAUCAGUGAAAUAUCCCAUGAGGUUGAAUAUGCUGAGACUGGGGCUCCAUGUCUAUAUGAUAAAAUGGCCAGGGAACAUGGUAGUUUUGAGCGUGUAGAUGAUUUACACACACACAGAAGUUUGCGUGUUGACAAAACCAUUUGUCAACAUGGAAAUUCUUGUUCUUCGUCUAGGGAGUUGCUACCUAGUUUUGACCGAAAUGAUCAACCAACACUGGGAAAAUCAAUAUAUCAAUGCUGUUGCAAAGUUCAGGGAGUUGUUUCUAGACAUGGUUAUAGAGCUGGUCACUUGUGCCAAACUCAUUUUUCUAAUAAUGGUGCUCCAAUCCACAAACCUACUGUUGAAGUGCUAAAUGAACUUUGUACCUGCUCCACUUUCAUACCAAGGUCAUCAUUAUGUUCGAGAGAACAUAUGUUACAGUCUUCUUGCCAUGAGUGCCCUUUUGAUGGGUUUCACUGCAGAAGUUCUAUGGAACAUGCAACCAGCAGCUUGACCAAGUGCCCUCUGCUUGAUGCACCUAACAAGCAUGAAUCAGGUCCGCGCUGGGAUGGCAAAUGUUGCUACUGUCUAGUUCCAAAAUGUUUGGCAGGUUGUGGCUUUACAAAGCACUGUGAAGUGAGAGUUGACCAAAGUGAUAGUACUCUACAAAAGUGCAAGCAUGAUUUGCAACUGUCUGCGACAUGCUGCACAUUAGGAGAGAGUGAAAAGUCAAGAUGUCAGUGCUCAAACAAUGCUCAAACAUGUUUAUUAGAAGAUGCCUGUAAUAAAAUAACAAAUCAGCCUCAUGUUCCUAUAAUGGAGAGACUGAAGAAUGUAUCAGAAGAAUCGGUGUCCAACGGCAUCUGGCCUUAUAGAGCUGUGACAGAGAAAAAGGUCUCGCCUAGAGGUUUUGGAGUAUGUAAAGAGCAACUGAAGCCUGUAUUAUCUUCUGGAUCCUCCAGUGCCAUGGUGACAAAGUUUUCGGCAUCACCUGAAUUUAGCAAUAUAUCCUCAUGUAUGGCUAAAUUUGGUGUCGAACGCAAAAAACUCAUGUUCGAUGAAGGAUCAAGAACCGAGAAAUUUUCGUCAUCAAGCUAUGCGCCUACCAGUACAGGGUGUGAAAGUGAAAAGGUCCUAAAUAGUUCCUCUGGAUUUCACUUGGGCGCUUCUAAAAUGAAGAGAAAAUGUAACCAGAUUUCUGACAGGAGCACACUAAAAGAAAAUGAGAAAGCGGAACAGUGUCUUGAAACACGGAAGAAAUCAAGAAGAUUGAAGUUUUCUGCAGAACAUUCAGAAUCAGAUGAUUGUACUAGGAAAAUUACUCUGCAGUCAUCCCAAAAUAAGGACUCUCAACCACAGAAUGAGGCUAAUUCAAAUUCUUGCAGGGUGUCAAAAAUCAAACGAAAACAUAGCACCAUGCAACAAAAUAAGCCUGUGAAACGGCGUCAUAGCCAUCACAAGACUUUGGAAGGUGCCGAGCAGUUAGACAAUGAGGCUAUGGUUGGAGAAUUAAAUUCCUCUGAUGAAAAAAAGAAAGUAGAGGACAUGAUCACCCUGGAUAGAACAAAAUAUCAACAGGAAGGGAACCAAGUCUUUGUUCGCAAACUGCCGAAAUAUGUGUCUCUGAACUGCAUCUCAAAUGAACAUAACAGGAAUGAUGCUUGUGAUGGAGGUUUACGUCUUGAAUCUAGCUUAAUUGCUACAGGAAUGACGAAUGAUAAUCGAAGAUUUCCUAAAAUUGUUCCGCUUAAUCUGAUUCUUAAAAGGGCUAAGAGAUGCCAUGUUUUUAAACCCCCCUUGAAGACACAAAAAAUCCAUUUCCGUGAGGAGAAGAGUGCAGUUUGUUCUGUAGUUAAAUAUUCUUUUGUCAAUCGUAAUUACAGUCCACAAGAUGAAGAGGGAAUCCAGGGUUCUAGAAAGAAUAGGUAUUCAUCUAAUGCUUUGAAGCCACACCCUGAGCCUGACUGCAAAAGACCCUGCAACGGAGUUAAGAAUCGAAGAUCAGGUGUGUCUCUUAACAGGAUUAAGAGGUGUGAAGAAUCUGCAAUUGUUUCAGCAUGCAGUCCUUGUGAAGUGAAUGUUGGAAGGUCCAAAGAAAGGCUUAGCUCAGAUGAUUCAUGUUGUGUUUGUGGAAGUCCAUGCCUGGAGCCUUGCAAUCAAUUGAUACAGUGCAGCAAGUGCUAUAUCAAAGUGCACCAAGCUUGCUAUGGUGUUUUAAAAGUUCCAAGGGGUCAAUGGUUCUGCAGACCCUGCAAGACGAAGACCAAUACCGAGGACAUGGUUUGCGUUUUAUGCGGUUAUGGGGGUGGAGCUAUGACAAGGGCAUUGAACACCCAAAGAGUUCUGAGAAGUUUGCUGAAAGGUCUGAGAGUUACAGGACAAUCAGAUAAAGAUGGCAGACAUAAUCCUGUGUCAAGAUCUACAAGUUUGAACACUGUAUCUCAAGUCGAUAAACAGAAGUCAAUAGAUAGUGCACAUGAGGAGAACACUGUUAGCAGUUCCUGGACCGGUAACCACAAUUCCAGUUUACUUGGUCCACAAACGAUGCAGUGGAUUCAUGUGGUUUGUGGAUUGUGGACCCCUGGUACAAAAUGCCCAAAGUCAACAACAAUGUGUGCUUUUGACAUAUCGGGUGCUUUACCUGCCAAGGAAAAUAGUGCAUGCUCAGUUUGUAACAGAACUGGGGGCUCGUUUAUGAUGUGCCGAGAUAUAAGUUGUUCGGUGAUGUUUCAUUCUUGGUGUGCACACCAGAGGGGUUUGUUGCAAAGUGAGCCAGAAGGUGAGCUUAAUGAGAACAUUGGUUUUUAUGGGAGAUGCCUGAAUCAUGCUACACUUGAAUAUUCUGACCGUGUUAAUCCUGAGAAGGAACACUUGAGAAGCAAUGACUGGACAUGUGCACGUACAGAGGGGUUUAAAGGCCGAAAGGGUGAAGGGUGGUCUGGUUCGAAUUACAAGAAGCCUCAAGAGAGCUACAGCGAGUGCAGUGUUUCCCAAGAACAGAUCAAUGCUUGGCUACGCAUAAAUGGAUCAAAGCCUUGCAUUAGAGGACAGCAGUUAAAAGGACAGAAGCACCUCGUAGUGUAUAAAUCUGGCAUACAUGGACUUGGCCUCUACACAUCAGAGUUCAUUCCGCGUGGCUCCAUGGUUAUAGAGUAUGUUGGUGAAAUUGUUGGGCAGCGUGUUGCUGACAAAAGAGAGAUUGAGUACCACUCAGGGAAACGACAGCAGUAUAAGAGUGUAUGUUAUUUCUUUAAGAUUGACAGGGAACAUAUUAUUGAUGCCACCCAGAAGGGUGGGGUUGCAAGAUUCAUCAACCAUUCGUGCCAGCCAAACUGUGUUGCAAAAAUAAUCUCAGUCAGGAACGAGAAGAAGGUAGUAUUCUUCUCGGAACGCCAGAUAAAUCCAGGGGAGGAAAUCACCUAUGAUUAUCACUUCACCCAAGAAGAUGAAGGCCAAAGGAUCCCUUGCUUUUGUAGAUCAAGAAGUUGCAGGCGGUAUCUCAACUAGUUGGUUGUUCUGCUGUCAUUUGUUUAGAUUUUCAUUUUCAUGCGAGCCAUGUACAUAGAGAAAACUCGAGGGCUUGCAUUUCACACUGGCAAUUUGUGCUUUGGUACGAUUUUCUUUUAGUAUGCAAACAUUCUAAAAUGUUA